AUGCCGUCCUGGCGCGGCCCCGCGCCCCUCCCGCACGUCCCAGCCGCCAAUGUUCGCCUCCCCGUGAAGGCUGCGCACAAGCAGCGCCCCCCGCCCGCCCCCCCGGCGGCAGUGACCCGAGACCGAGGAGCUGGCGACAAGGCCAGGCCCUUCCCUGGGGGGGCAGAGGCGGGUCUUUCUUUUGCAUCAACUACAACUAGUCUCAAAACUGAGACUGAAGUGGACACAAAUGAGAAUGAGGUUGUUGCCCCCGACUUCACUAACAGGAAUCCUCGGAACUUGGAGCAGUUGGGCCUGGCUAGGAAGGAGCGUGGCUGGAAGACAACAUGGCCAAAGCGUGAAUUCUGGCAUAGGCUGCGGCUGGAACGGACGCAACACUAUGUGGAGGCCUUCGUGGAGCGCUGCGACGGGGACGUGGUGGUGUCGGCCUCCACCCGGGAGUGGGCCAUCAAGAAGCACCUCUACAGCCCCAAGGGGGUCACAGCCUGCAAAAACCUGGGCCGUGUCAUGGCACAGCGCUGCUUGGAAGCAGGAAUCAACUUUGUGAACUUUAAAGCUGUUAUCCCCUGGGAAUAUCGUUGUGACUCGAUUCAGGAAUUCCAGAAAGCCAUGGAGGAGGGUGGUGUCGUUCUGCGUGAGCCACAAAGAAUCUACCAGUAA